ACAAGACGCUUGUCUUGGAUUGAAAUAACGUGAAACGAGUUCUGACAUGGGGAAUGACAACAUUGUAAUAAAAGAAAAGGAAGCACAGGCACUAAGCCAUUAACCACAAUCCCGCCAAGCCAAAGAUAUCCCCGAGAGUAGUAUCAGCAGCUGACUGCUCUCUCUCAUAAAAGCAGCGACUCAUUGAAGUUGAAAAGGAAUUCUGACUCUCUGAGCUGUCGUCUAGGGUUUUCUGCUUCGAAAAUGGUGGGUUUCGAUUCAGAUCAACGAUUACUCUUCGGUAAAGGCACAAAGGUGGAAGUAAGCAACGAUGAGGAAGGCUUCAAAGGCGCAUGGUACAGAGCCAGCAUUCUUGAAUCGUCUCCUAAAUCUGUUUACAAGAAGAAAAAGAAAGUCUUGGUUGAAUACGAGGCCUUGCUCAUGGAAGACGGGUCCAGUCCUUUGGUUGAGCAUGUGGACCCUGCUCACAUUAGGCCUUUGCCGCCUGAAGAAGAAAGUGGCUGCCGGGUUUUUGAGCUAAAUGAAAUCGUUGAUGCAGGGUACCGUGACGGGUGGUGGGUUGGUACUGUAAAGAAGGUUCUCGAGGGUUCCAGGUACAGAGUCUAUUUUGAUAACCCUCCAGAUGUUAUUGAUUUCGAUGGUAGAGAUCUGAGGUUGCACUGGAAUUGGUUACUUGGCAACUGGUUCCGACCCGUGAAAGAGCAAGUGGCAGACUCGAUUUUUAGCUCUGGGGCAGCAGUGGAAGUAAAUCCUGAUAGCCCUAGCCUUUGUGAUGUGUGGUUCCCUGCAAUUGUUAUUAAAGAUUAUGGCAACGACAAUUUCUUGGUGAAGUAUAACACAGAAUAUGGCGAGGACGUGGAUGCAGUAAAAAUUUAUGUAGAUUUGCUCCAUAUUAGACCUAUGCCUCCCUGUUAUCUGGAUAGGAGUUAUGAGUUACUGGAGAAAGUGGAUACAUCAUAUGGUAUUGGUUGGCGGGCUGGAGUAAUUACCAAAGUUCUUGCUGGUGGGAGGUACAUUGUAUUCUUUAAACAAGUUAAUGAGGAUAAAGAGUUCAGUCACUCAGACAUAAGGCCUCAUCUUGAAUGGAUUGAUGGGAAAUGGAUCAGUGCGUCCAAGGAAAUCUUCGUUGUUCCUGAUUGUCUAGAACAAUCUUGUGAUGCCUUGAACAGUAACUGUAAUUCUGAAGUAGUUCUUCAGCUUGAAAGUACCGGUGCUUCCCACAACUCUGAGGUGGCUGUUGUACUUGAAAUGGCAGGUGCUUUCCGCAACUCUCAGGUUGACGCCCAACUUGAAAUGACAGGUGCUUUCAAGUAUCACGCUGAAGAUGAAAAUCCUCGUUCCACAAGCGUAGAGAGCAAACUGAUGGAGCAGCCUGCUGCUGGCUCUGAAAACUCCCCUUCCUAUUGUUUGCCUGCCAGCCAGAAAAGGUUUAGGAUUGCAGCUCCUAAUCGUUAUUAUAUGCAUUCACAACCUCGCAAAGAUCCAAUGCAAGAAGAUUAUGAAGAGAUUCCAUUAUCUAGAGCAUUGAAGUUAAAGAAGAGCCCUCUUGAAAUGUUAACUAAAGAUACAACCCAUGGUUUCACCACCCCAAACAAAGGUGGUUCGGUUAAGAGAUUCUCUAGAAGCCCUGCAGUUGUUAGUUGGGAUUUUUCUCAACCGAAGAGCUCUUUCUCCGAAAAUAAUGUUGUGAGUCAGAAGGCAAAGUAUCAGAAAAUCCAUUCUGCAACAAGGAAAAAACGAGCUGUAAAAUCAAAGUCAAAUAUAACGCCUGUUUCAGUAGCGGGUAAGAGGAACAGGAAAAGACAUAUUGCUUCUAUGGAUAUGAAUGAAGAUAGCGCAAAAGUGAAUGAUCCCGGGGUCCCUCUCAUUUGUGCUUCCAAGGCCGAAGGAAUUAGGGACUUGCAAGCUGAGAAUUCUUCUCAACUUCAAAGUAAGGAACCAUUGAAGCUAAAGAUGGAUCUGAAUGAGAAGAAAAAUAAUCAGGCAGGAGAUAAGAGUGCGGUCCUCGUGCUGAAAAUUAAUCCACAGAAGAGUAUGGGAGGCAGUCAGAAAAGAAAGAGAGGAAGACCGUGCAAGUUAGUUGUCUCUGAGCCGAAUAUUAAAGAGGCUGGUGAAGUGCAGCAGGGAGCUGGCGAUGAUAUCCGUGAAACAGAGGCAGAGGAUUGCGUAUUUAGUGAGGUUAUAGUGCCAAUGCUCCAACAGGUGGAUUCUAUAGACUCUCCAGGUGCACCCGUACUGGGAAUUGCUGAAGUUUCUCAAGAAGAUGGCACGAGAAAAGAAGUGGACAUUGCUAUAACCGCAGUUUCAGAUGAUAUUACUGAUGGUGAUCAACCUUUAUCAAGUUGGUUUGGCGGGAAUCAUUCAUCAACAAGUUUCGAUGAGCUUCGACUAUCCUCUGGUAGGGUUGACAAUGGAGGGAGGGAAAGGAGAGAAAGACAACUUAAUGGGGCACCAGAAUCUUCUCCUUUUGUGACGGUAGACGACAGUGUACCAUAUAGUACUGCAUGCUCGCCUUUUGUAAAGAGGUCGUCAGUUUGGCAAACCAUUGAAUCAAUGGAAGUAUUCCGAAUAUUGCCCCAAGAGCCACACUUCUAUCCCUUAGCUGAAUGUAAAGAAGAGCAUAGAGAAGGAUCUGCUAUUGGCAUGAUGGUAACAUUUGCUAGUUUGUUUGAGAAGAUAUCAACGUUGCAAAUUGACUAUCCAAGCAGCAUAUUCAAUAGGACUCUCGAAACACUUGACGACUUGGAAAAGUAUGGGUUUGAUGUUUUGGGAUUAAAAGAUCGUGUUCGUCAAUUGUUGUCGAUGAAAGACGGGCAUGUGCAGUUGCUAAAUGGUUCCAGAGACUUUGAGAAGGAACUGACAGUGCAUAUUCAAGAGACAACAAGACUCGAUGAGGAGACAAGGGAGACUGAAAGGAAGCUAAGUGAGUUGCAGAAACAACUUGAGGCAAUAAAGUCGAAGAAGGUGGUGAAAGAUGAUAUGAUUGCCAAAUUACAGUCAGAGAUGGAAGCUGCAAAUUCUUGCGUUCAGAAUAUCCGCUCUGAUUUUCAGAAACAAGCUACUGCCUCUUGGAAACUGCCAUGAUCACUCACAUUCCUCGCCCUUCGUUUUGUUGCUGGUAUGAAGUAAUGUACAUAUGGUGUAUGUUAGAUUUGUAAUUAACAAGAAAAGUAGAAUGGUAUGCGUAUGGAGGUACGUUCGACUUCUGCAUCACUAAUUUACCUUUGUGUUCUGUUUAACUAGCUAUAUCUAGUCUUUCAGACGUUAACGCGCUGUUUAGCAAUGUAUCUCAGGUUUUAUUUGUAUGUGAAGAAAGUUUCACUUGAGUGGAGACCUUUUGUUAGCAAAAGUG